UUGGUGCAUCGUUUGAAAUGGACAAGUACCCUCUUUUCCACUUACCACGCAGACUGCUAAGGUUUUUUAAAUGUUGGCCGGAUGAUUCCUCGUGGCCUCUUCCGAAAUUAAUCUUUGUGAGCCUAACGUUAACCAAUCAUACGGUGGCAAUGUUUUUUGAAUUCAAGUACGUAUUCGAGCAUUUUGAAAAUCCUUUGGAAGCUUUCGAUGCAUUGAAUCCAACGCUUGAGAAAUUCGUGACGUUUUUCAAACUAUGCGUUGUACUCUACUUUCGGAAAGAAUUUAAACACAAUAAUGAAAUGAUCACAAGCUAUUUCGACAAAGAAUAUCGUGGAGAGCAUUACAAAAUAGUGUAUGAGGCUACGAGAUCUGCAUAUAGAUAUUGCUUGUAUACAUUUCUUGGGGGGUCUUCUGUGAAUUUCUGCUUUUUUUUGAGACCCAUUGCUAAUAAUAUAGUUCGGAUGGUCCUGGGAGGAAAUUCGACUAGAGAGCUACCAUUCAAAGCGAGCUUACCACUUAAUUUAGACCAAAAUCCAACCUACCCAAUUGUCUAUGGAUUAUUUUCAUAUUCAGGACUUUUGACUUGUUUCGCAUUUCCGGCCGUGGAUGGUAUUAUAAUGGCAUAUUGUAAGUACCUUGCUGCCCAAUUCGAUAUUAUUUCAAAUCAACUAAGGACUCACUUUAAUGCGGCCAUCGUGGAUAGUGUCGACCCGUUUACUGCAAAAGAGAUGGAAACGUUUUCUAUGAAACUUCGACCCGUUGUGAGGCUUCAUAUUGAGCUUAUAAACCGCAUUGUGGAACUAUCAAAAAUAAUGUGGCCUAUAAUAUUAGCUCACUUCAUUACUUCGGCUUUGUUAAUCGGUUUGAGCUUGCUGGAUUUCAUAAAGCAAGAAGGAUUCGCAACGAUACUAUACCUCAUAUAUGCUGUUGUUGUGCUAUUGCAGCUAUUGGUAUAUUGCAUCGCGGGUAAUUGCGUUGCUAAUGCAACGCAAGGAAUACAUGAAUCUGUAUAUUUUACACACUGGUAUCGUUUUAAUCCCAAGAUUCGUAGGGAUCUUUUGAUGAUGAUGAUAAUAUCGACAAAAGGGUCAAAUCUACGUAUACCGUUUUUUACGCCUUCGUUACCAGCAUAUAGAGCAAUUUUGAGCGCAUCUCUGUCGUAUCUGACCAUCCUGCAGUCGUUCUUUUGAGAAUACAGAUUUGCAUUUCAUGCCUGUCUGCUCGUAUAUGUUGCACAUGCAAUACAAAUUUGCACUUGUUGCUUGUCAUUUAUUUCCCACUAAUAUUAUAUUCAAAGCUAUAUCGAUAUAAUAAUAUGAAUAAAUAUGCUAU